UCACCCCCACCGCAAAACUUCUGUGCUGAAGAUGGAUGAGGCGUCCCUUUCGGUUACCAAUGAGAUUGAGAAUGACAUGAUGCUAUAUGUGGUUUCUGAUCACUGUUACAAGUGUUUGCCCCAGCUGUUGGGAAUAAUACCCGCAAGGCCAGCUUCUGGGACCCCCACUACGGUGGGGUUUGUUGUAGGCACACAACACGCACUGACACUGCAGCUCAACAGCACCUCUGCAAACUUGGAGCAAUGCAAUGUUAACUUCCACUUUGGGGAGCAGGGGAACUAUUCUCUGUGGGUGAAGAACCUGAAUGAGCCAUCACUGGUCAGCUGCUCGAUGAUCACUGAUUCUGAGCCCAUUAACAGCUACCUGCCUAUUUUGUUUGCUUUUCUGGUAUUUGCUCUUCUGGCUGCAUUAUCUGCUGUCUGGAACACCGUUAAAAGACUGGAUGUGGUGACAAAUCUACUUCUUUGCUUGGGGAGCACAGUGGAGACAGAGAGGCUGAUAAACUCGGAGCUUGGCACUCCAAACAGAUUGGUAGAUGCCUCUAUGGAAUCGAUAAUUCCUGCCACUACAGGACGGAGGCUUCGUUCUUUGGAUACUUUCCGUGGCCUUGCCCUGGUCAUUAUGGUGUUUGUCAACUACGGGGGUGGACAUUACUGGUUCUUUAGGCAUGAAAGUUGGAAUGGGCUCACAGUGGCUGAUCUCGUGUUUCCUUGGUUUGUGUUUAUUAUGGGUACUUCUAUUGGUUUGUCCCUGAGCGGUUCAUUGCGCAGCGGUGUCAAACGCACUCAUCUGCUGUGGAAGAUUUUCUGGAGGAGCUUACAACUAUUUCUUAUCGGAGUCAUCAUCGUCAAUCCUAACUACUGCCAAGGACCCUUGUCUUGGGAUUCUCUGCGUAUACCUGGGGUAUUACAGCGUCUGGGCUUCACAUAUCUCAUUGUCGCUAUCUUGGAUCUUGUGGUGGCACGGGACCGACUUACCAACUUGUCAAGUGAAACAUGCUGGUAUUCGGUGCAUGAUGUCUGCCUCUACUGGCCCACAUGGCUGUUUGUGAUUGCCUUUGAGACAAUUUGGUUGUGUUUGACCUUCCUUCUCCCAGUCCCAGACUGCCCAACUGGUUAUUUGGGUCCAGGGGGCAUUGGUGACUUUGGCCAGUACCAAAACUGCACUGGUGGAGCUGCAGGUUACAUUGAUCGCUGGCUGCUGGGAAAUAACCAUAUUUACCAGAUGCCUUCUUCACGGGUUGUAUACCAGUCUGUGAUGCCCUUUGACCCUGAGGGUGUUUUGGGAAGCAUCAACUCUGUAUUGAUGGCAUUUUUGGGUCUUCAGGCAGGGAAAAUUCUGCUGCAUUACAGAGACCAACACAGGCAAAUAAUCACACGAUUUCUCAUUUGGGGAUUCAUACUGGGAAUCAUCUCAGCUGUAUUGACCAAGUGCUCCAGAAAUGACGGCUUCAUCCCUGUCAACAAAAACUUGUGGUCUUUGUCCUAUGUUACGACUCUCAGCUGUUUAGCUUUUGUGGCGCUGGUAGUUUUUUACUACUUGGUGGAUGUAAAGAAGUGGUGGUCUGGCACUCCCUUCUUCUACCCUGGUAUGAAUUCCAUUUUGGUGUAUGUGGGUCAUGAAGUGUUUGAGGAAUAUUUCCCUUUUCGUUGGAAAAUGGCCAAUAACCAAUCACACGCAGAGCACCUGGCACAGAACCUCGUGGCCACCUCCAUAUGGGUGAUCAUAGCCUAUCUCCUCUACAGGAAGAAGAUCUUCUGGAAGAUUUGAAAGUGUAUCUCUGAUUUUAGGAGCUGCUCUUCAUUGUGAAAGAGAUGAUUUGGAUAUUUUUAGUUGUAGAAAAUCAGCAGAUCUCGGAACAUCUGUGCAGAGACUAAAACUCACACAUGAUCCAGGAAUAGAACUUGGCUAUUAUUUGUGAAGAGCAGAAAGAAGAAAAAAAGAAGAGCAUGUGACUGUGCCAAGAUACCUCUGUGGACUCAACAAAGCCCUCAGAAUGAAUGCCAAAAUGCCAAGGCCAGAUUCUGCUAAAACUGAAUUCAAUCAACUCGUUUAGGUUAAUGAAUGACAUUUUGAAGCUCAAUGAUGGAUUAUGAUUGAUAAUGGAAUUUCCUAAAUUAUGAUAUGAAAGAAUUCUGAAAGUCUCGGGACCAAUUUAAAUGUAAUUAGGGUAUUGAUGCAUGCAAUUAUGAAACUAAAAGCAAAUGAGUAGGGGAAUAGAACCCCAGACUACCAAAAAAUAAAAGGUCUUCCAUCAAGGUCUACAAAACAUGCUGAAACAUCCAGUCUUAUCCAGGCAAAAUAAUAUCACACAAUGUUAUGUUUAAGUUUUAAUGUAAUGAAUGCUAGGAUUGGGUUGUUUUACUUUUUUAUUUUCUUUUAUGGACUUUCUGUCUUUGAUACUGUGGUUUUAUUCUUUAUAUCUUAAGAUGAAAGUAUUACAGUUAAAUGGAUGUAUGCUAGUGAGAGAAAAAGAGUGUAUGUUCUACCUUCUCAGAAAGUCUGGAGAUUUGCACAACGUGGAGUGCCAAAUGUAGUGUACUUUAUGGUUUCUCUGAUUUAACAGUGUUCUUGUUUAUUACAGUUUACCAAUGACUUGUUACAUCUGCCACAUAAAUCAAAUUAUAGAAAGAAAAAGAAAAAAAAAACAGUAAUCACUGACAUAUUUCCCAUACACAUCGCUGCUUGAAAAAAUAAUUGUUCUAAGAGAAGGGAAAAUAUUGAUCUAUCAUAUCUGUUGCCAGCUCGCAAAAUCAAUUCCAUCUUUGUAAUGGAUAAUGGAUAUUUUAUACAUGUAUGAACUAUGUUUCCUCAUGUAUAUCUUUAUUUUAUACUUAUCAACACGGGAUGUGGUAAAAA